GCGUUCAUCUGCCCAUUCAUUUCUACGCCAACCAGCAACGCGAGCGGACGUGUUUCGCGCUCCGCCUUACGCACCCGAACAAACCCGUGUGCGUGAAAGUUACGUGCGCGAGGUCAACAAUUCCACCGCGAACAUAGUAAACCAACACCGUGCGUGUGUGUGCGCGUGUCUGCGUGAUAAAGUUAGAAUUCCCGUGGCGACGAACCGGCCACCAUUGCGAAAACAGCAAACGAAAUCGUGCGUGUAUAGCAGGCAAACGUUCGUGCAGCCGUGCAUGUGGUACCAAGGGCCAAAACAAAAAAUAAAAGAAAGGUCGUUUGCGUGUGAGUGAGUGAGCCGCGUUGCACGUGUAUGAGUGAAGAUUAUUUUUAAAAGCCGCACACAGUGUUGUCGUCGCGGUGGCGGUAGGGGAGACCUACCGAAAGGGUCCCAAAAGCAAGCGGCGCCCUACACAGCCGUAGCAGCAGAUAAAAGGCUGCCUUUAAAAGCAAACGGAAAGAAACCUUUGCAUCGUGGUGCCUGGCAGCAAAAAGAAGAAAAAAUUGCGUUACUUCGUGUGUUCGUAUAUGUGUGUGUGUAUGCUACAGUGACGACUAGUUUUUUGCUGGAUCGUGGUGGCACAGAAAGAAAGUGAGAGCUCUGAUCGUGAAGUCUGCGUGUGUUUUUUGCGCAUUCUUGCUUGCGACCCUCUGACGAGACAACGCAAAACAGUGCUGAACGUACCAAUGGUGUACCACAGAAGAGUUUUUGCUUAAUCCUUUGCCGGGUUUUGUGUUUUGUUGGUUUUGCUAGUGCAAGAAGACGUGUCGUUUUACUACAAACAACCCUGCAGUGCUACCCUACAGAGCUAGUGUGACAAGAAAAGAGAGAGAGAGAUAAAGAGAGAGUGAGCUUGUUACCUGUUGUGCUUGGUUUCGUUGUCAGGGCAACAUCGACGAGUGCGUUCGUGCUUAUGAAAUGAAGUAAACCGGAAAAUGCCCGUAUGCGCUCAGCGGAGAAUGCAUGCAGCGUGGGAAAAUCUGUGACCCGGUGUGCAUGUGUGUGUGUGUGUGCAUGUGGUUUGAGUUGAGCAGCUGCUCCAACCCCACAAUUGCCGUGUGUUGGGGUGGACGAAGCGAACGAAAAGAUGGCCUUUCGAGUGUGUGACUGCUGUGAGGUCCAAACCGGGCAAAACAUCCCAACGUGCCGUGCCUAUUGCUGUGAUCUGUGAAGACUAAACUGGGCCUGUGUGACUGUGUGCGAGUGUGUGUCUGUGCGCUUGUGUGUGUGAGUGUUACGAAAGGCCACUGGUGGCCACCGGCUGCGGAUCAUCCAUCAUUCAUCCUGGCGGCGGCAGCCCGGACGGCGGAGGCGGCGGUCCACCUGCUCACGCUAGCACUGCUCGUCGGGUGCUGUCGGUCGGUGGACGGCCGGGGGAACUUCCUGCGGCACGAUGAGACCCUCCCGAAGGCGUGCAGCUGGACCGGUGCGGUACUGGAAGUAUCGCAGGAGAAGCGGUCGGACGAGCUGCAGUGCCGGAUCAAGACGAUCACGCGCACGGAGAGUCUGCUAGCAAACAUAAGUAGUUAUCAAAUAGAUAGGAUUAAAUCGCUCAAGCUCGAGUGCAACGACAUUAUGUUCUUCGAAAGUUCCUUAGAGUCGACGACGACGCCGGGCAACUUCCUGGGCAAUCUGCACGGGUUGCUGCGGCUGUCGAUCGAGUACUGCAAGAUCAAGUACAUACCGGCGCUGGCGUUCGCGAACAUGCGGGUGCUGAAGCGGCUGGCGCUGAGCACGCACAACGUGGACUGGUCGGUGAUGAACCUGGAGCUGCACCCGGACAGCUUCCGGGGGCUGACCGAGCUGAAGGAGAUGCACCUGGCGGACAACAACAUCUGGAGCCUGCCGGCGGAGGUGUUCUGCCCGCUGCAGAAGCUGCGUGUGCUCAAUCUGACCGGGAAUCGGUUGAGUGAUCUGACGCAGCUGAUGCUGUCCGACUGGGGCAAUGGGCCGACGGAGCCGGGCCGGGCUUGUAAUACGGGGCUGGAGGUGUUGGAUCUGUCCGGGAAUGAUCUGACGCUGCUGCCGGACAAUGGGCUGACGGCGAUGCGGUCACUGAACGCGCUGCACCUGCAGCGGAAUCUGUUGAAGGAGAUUGCGGACCGGGCGUUCGUUGGGCUCGGUACGCUCGAGGUGCUCGAUCUGUCCGACAACAGGUUGACGGCACUGACGCCGGAGUUGUUCGUUUCGUCGCGCAAAAUCCGCCAGGUGUACCUGCAGAACAACUCGCUGUCGGUGCUGGCGCCCGGUGUGUUCGAGGGGCUGGACAGGUUGGAGACGCUGGACCUGUCCCGCAAUCAGCUUACGUCGACGUGGGUGAAGCGGGACACGUUCGCGGGGCAGGUACGGCUGGUGGUGCUGAAUCUGGGCCACAAUCAGCUGUCGAAGGUGGACCAGCACGUGUUUAAGGGGCUGUACAGCUUGCAGAUACUUAAUCUGGAGCACAACGCGAUCGAGCUGCUGGCGGAUGGUGCGUUCAGUGAUCUGAAGAACCUGCACGCCCUGUUCCUGUCGCACAAUCGGUUGCGCCAGAUCGAGCCGUACCACUUCAGCGAGCUGUACGUGCUGAAUCAGCUGAUACUGGAGUCGAACCAGAUUGCGUACAUACAUGAGCGGGCGUUCGAGAAUCUGACGCACCUGCACGAUCUGAGCUUGAACGAUAACCGGCUGGAGGAGAUACCUUCGGGAAUGAAGAGCCUGAAGUUUCUGCAGUCGCUCGAUCUGGGGAAGAACCAGAUUGCGGAGAUUAACAACUCAUCGUUCGAGGGGCUGGAGGAGCUGAUGGGGCUGCGGUUGGUGGAUAAUCAGAUAUCGGAGAUUUCGCGCGACACCUUCUUUGCGCUGUCGACGAUCCACGUGCUGAAUUUGGCGUCGAACCGUAUUCGUCACAUUGAUCAGUCGGCGUUUAGCUCUAAUCCGACGCUGCGGGCUAUUCGGCUGGACAACAACGAGCUGGAGGAUGUGUCGGGGGUGUUUACCUCACUUUCGUCCCUUGUGUAUCUGAACAUUUCCGACAACAAUAUUGGAUGGUUCGACUACUCGCACUAUCCCCAGUCGCUCGAGUGGCUCGACAUUCACAAGAACAAUAUCAGCGAGCUCGGGAACAGGUACGAUGUGGGGAAUUGGUUCCAGUUGAAGAUGCUGGAUGUGUCUCACAAUAAGCUGCGUCAGAUUAAUGCGAGCUCGUUCCCCCAUAACAUCGAGACGAUCCUAAUGAACAACAACCACAUCGAGGAGAUUGCGCCGGAAACGUUCACCGGGAAGGAACACAUCGUGAAGGUGGUGCUGUAUGGGAAUCGGCUGCGGCGUAUUGAAAUGUCUGCGCUUGCACUGACACCAUGGCCCGAUACUCGGAUGCUGCCCGAGUUUUAUCUGGGCGACAACUUGAUACACUGUGACUGCACGAUGGAGUGGUUGCAGCGGAUCAAUGAGUUGGCGUACCUGCGGCAGUACCCGCAGGUGAAAGAUCUAGACUCUGUGCACUGCUCGAUGGAGCAUGAACGGGGUGAGCAGCGGCGUCCACUCAUGGCGAUGCGGGCCAGUGAGUUCCUGUGCCGGUAUGAGGCGCAUUGCUUCGCUACGUGCCACUGCUGUGACUUUGAUGCGUGCGAUUGCAAGAUGGCAUGUCCGGAUCGGUGCCGGUGCUAUCACGACACGGCCUGGGAGUCGAACAUCGUGGACUGUGGGUCGGCCGGGUUGUCCCUCGUGCCGGCCAAGAUCCCGAUGGAUGCGACCGACAUCUAUCUGGACGGGAACAAUCUCGGUGCGCUCGGCAGUCACGUGUUUAUUGGGAAGAAGAAGCUAAAGUCACUGUAUCUGAACGGGAGCCGCAUUGAGUCACUCAACAACAAGACGUUUGCGGGAAUACCAGCCCUGGAGGUGCUGCAUCUCGAGCAGAAUGGGUUGGAGCAGCUGAGCGGGGCCGAGUUUGAGCAGCUGCGCGAGCUGAAGGAGCUGUAUCUGCACCGGAAUGCGCUGGCAUCGAUCGGGAACAGGUCGUUCUAUUACCAGAAAUCGCUCGAGGUGCUCACGAUCGCGGAGAACAAGCUGAAGGGCGUCAGGCCUUGGGAGUUGCUGCCGCUGCCUAGCGGUGGGCCCGAUGGUGCCUAUCGGUCCGUCUCGCUGGAGGGCAAUGCGCUCGAGUGUUCCUGCGAGCUGCUGCCCAAACUGCUCGACUGGCUCGAGCGAAUGUACCGCAGCAACGGGUCGGCGGCACAGUCGGAGGAGCAGACGGAAUCGUCGGAGGAGACCAGCUGGGGCGAGUUCCAGUGUGCCGGUGGGAAACCGCUCCCGGACGUGGUGAAGGAGUGCGAGGGACAACGGCCGGCCGUUGUUCCGGUGGCGACCGCUACCGUGCAGCGUACGAUCAUCAACGACGACUUCAUCGACUAUCUGCCGCUGCUGAUCGCGGUGCUGGCCGGUUUGGUGCUGACGAUCAUGCUCGUUGCGCUGGUCGUGCUGUUCCGGCAGGAUGUGUGCCUGUGGGCCCACUCCCGGUACGGUGUGCGGCUGUGCAAGGACCCACUGACGGCGCUCGAGCGCUGUGAGGACAGCGAGAAGCUGUACGACGCCUAUCUGCUGUACAGUGCGGCCGAUGCCGACCUGGUCACUAGUCAAAUCGGCCAGGAGCUCGAGCACCACGGGUACGGCAUGUGUCUGCACUAUCGGGACGUGCACGGCGGGGCCGGCUUUCUCGGCGACACGGUACAGUCGGCGGCGGACGCAUCCCGCAAGCUGGUCCUGUUCGUGAGUGUCAAGUUCCUGCAGCUCGAGUGGUCGCAGCCCGAGUUCCGGGCGGCAUUGCAGGCUGCGCUGGAGCUGAUACGUCCGUCGAGGCGCAAGCAGCGGAUAGUGCUGAUCACCUCCGUGCCCGGGUCGAUGCUGGCGAUGGACCCGAUCAUGGACAUACUGGCACGGACGUGCACCGUGAUAGCGUGGGACGAUCGGCGGUUCUGGGACAAGCUGCGGUUUGCCAUGCCCGAUCUGGGGCGCGAUGGAGGUUCCGUUAACAAGGCGUCCCAUCGGAAGAACAUCAACAUUCGGUACACGCCAGCACCGACCAAUAACCUGAUGGUGGUGGGAGGUAUUGGGGCGUCAGCGCCAACGGCAACCUGGCCCAAGCGGCUCAACUCGGAGGUUUCAAUACAGCAGCAGCAGCAGCAGCAACAUCCUCACCACCAACAACCGUAUCCGGUUCCACAGCCACGCUCUCUCGGCGGAGCGCACAGUACUUACACGACGGAAGAUGAGGAGCCGUCGACGGCCGGGUCGUCUCCACAGUACGAGGCACCAACGAACCCAGGUGGUGGUGGUGCGAUGUACCUUCAUCAUCAUCAAAACGGUGGACUUGUGCAGUACCAGCAGCAGCAGCAGCAGCAUUCCGGUGGUGGCUCCACACCAAUUCCACAAACCAUGCCUCACCCCCACCACCAUCAUCAUCCCCAUGGUCAGUCGCAUCAUCAUCAUCAUCACCAUCAUCAUCAUCCGGGGACGGCAUACCACGGUGGUGCCCCCGGUACUGGUGGUAGCAACUUCACCAACACCAAUACGCUUGGCCACGUGUAUUCCACCAUUCCGGAGCCUCAGUACAUGGCCGAACAGCAGCAGCAGCUACAGCAGCACCAGCAGCAGCAUCGAACCGGAGGAACCGGACCAGACGGCAACAAUCGGCCGUACUUUGUGUAAAGUUCGUUUUUCUUAUUUUACUUCCUUAUGUCCCCGAUGUUCCCAAAUGUUUUGUUUUUCCCCCAAAAAAAACUCGUGAUUGUAGUCUUAUCGUUGGAAGUUGUUUUGUAUAAAAAAAGAAAUUGAAAAUAUCCCAUCUUCCCGUGAAAAAAGACACCCUGAACUCCCAUUCCCUUCCCAUUGAAGUCGUUAUUAAUGGUCGUCCCGCCGUACGGGGUGGACCUCCCCCACCAUACAACACUAGUAGUCCUUAACUCGUAAUCGCGCGCAUCGUAUGCUUAUGAUUCCUACUACACGCUAGGUUAGGGUUCGAAUUUAUAAAAUAAAACAACAAACAAACACACAUUGAAAAAGACAUACGUGUACGC